GAAACACGUGAUGUUCUGUCAGCUGAUAGCUGACUUCCGGGUUGUGGCUCGCUAUUUUUUUGCGGACGUUUGUCAUUUUUUCCAAUAAAUCAGACCACCCUGGGAGUGUGGUCAUGAACCUGUCAGACAGCGAAGACGAUGUCUACACCGAGAGGACAGCGCUGGUCCAAUCGGAGAACCCGGUGGUGCCGUCCUACAUACCAGACUCCGCCCCCACCGAUGGCCCCACUAAAAGGGAACGAAGUGGGCCCGUCGCCGCCGGUUCAGAUGCCGAAGCCGAAGAGGAGGAGCUGACCCUCAAGUACGGCGCCAAACAUGUGAUCAUGCUCUUCAUCCCCGUCACGCUGUGUAUGCUGGUGGUGGUGGCCACCAUCAAGUCGGUCAGCUUCUACAGCGAGAAGACAGACCAGCAUCUGAUCUACACGCCGUUUACGGAGAACACGUCAUCGGUCGGACGCCGUCUCCUUAACUCGGUUCUCAACACUAUCAUCAUGAUUAGUGUCAUCGUGGUCAUGACCGUCUUCCUGGUGUUCCUCUACAAGUACCGCUGCUACAAGUUCAUCCACGGGUGGCUCAUCCUGUCCUCGCUCAUGCUGCUCUUUUGGUUCAGCUUCAUGUACCUCAGUGAAUUGUUUAAGACCUACAACGUGGCGAUGGACUACCCAACGGUGGGCAUGAUCAUCUGGAACUUUGGCGCGGUGGGGAUGGUGUGUAUCCACUGGAAAGGUCCCCUCCAGCUGCAACAGGCCUACUUAAUUCUGAUUAGCGCCCUCAUGGCGCUCGUCUUCAUCAAAUAUCUGCCGGAAUGGUCGGCGUGGGUCAUUCUGGGCGGCAUUUCUGUUUACGACUUGAUAGCCGUCCUGAGUCCAAAAGGUCCGCUCAGGAUGCUGGUGGAGACGGCGCAGGAACGCAACGAGCCCAUUUUUCCCGCCCUCAUCUACUCAUCUGCCAUGGCGUGGGCGGUUGGGAUGGCAAACCCAGCGGACGCUGAGCGGUCCGGGCAUCAAACAGGCGAUGAGGAGGCAGAGCAGAGCGACACAGAGGCGGAGAGACGCUCGUUUCAGGAAGAAGAGCUGGAGGAGAGAGGCGUGAAGCUGGGAUUGGGCGACUUCAUCUUCUAUAGCGUUCUGGUGGGAAAAGCUGCAGCGAGUGGAGAAGACUGGAACACGACACUGGCCUGCUUUGUUGCCAUCUUGAUAGGUCUAUGCCUGACGCUGCUUCUGCUCGCCAUCUUUAAAAAGGCCUUGCCGGCGUUGCCCAUCUCCAUCACCUUUGGACUCAUUUUUUACUUCUCCACCGACUUCCUGGUCCGACCUUUCAUGGAUGACCUUGCCGCACAUCAGUUCUACAUCUGAUUGGAUGUCAAAAUAACUAUUUUUACAAAUGGGUGCGGCUAAAUAGCUCCUCCCCUUUGACGAGUCUGCUGUUCCUUUAAGAACCCUUUUCACCUGAUCCAGUGUCGCCCUAAGCUAGGCUAAUGGUUAGCCUGUUGGGGGUGGAGCAUAACAUCUCCAUCUGUGUACGUUUCUACAAGGUAAAAAUAUCUUUGGACAACUUAAAAGUAUGAGUGAUUUUUAUUUGAGAAAUGUCCAACAUGGAGAAUGCUUCAAUUUCGCUCAUCAAACUGGGAUUUGUUCUUGAGAAGAAAUGCGGCCAGAUACUCGAUGGGGUUUGUCGGCCUGAAAGACAAAAAAAAAGUCAAGACUCAACGUGGCUAAUACAGUCGCUGGACACUUCAUUAGGUACACCUCAUUGCAGCAACUGGAGGAAAACUACAGAGAUGGCCGAGGGUAGAAUUGAACCCUGGUCUCCUAGCUGUGAGGUGUGCGUGCUAACGACUCACCCACCGUGCAGGCAACAUGAAACAAUUCAGCGUAAACUAUUUGAAAUAAAUUAAAACCUUUAA